AUGAGCAUUGGUUUAGCCAGGGAAAGGAUCGAUAUAUACUUGUACGAGUUCCUGAGCAACGAGUACAGACGCAGCUUCGUGGAGAUGCACUACAGAGCGUGUGACUUCAUUAUGAAAGAUAACACCUUUGGCAACAUCUUUGCAGCUCGUAUGCCGGAGGUCUUCAGAAAAUGCCCGUUCCCACAGGCGGAGUAUCAUCUUGUGAACUUGUCAUACCCGGAUGUCCCGUUGCUUAAAACAUUCCCGUUUCAGAAGGGACGGCUGUUUGUCAGUUUCUCAGUUCCGAAGACCAAAGAGCUUCUUGUGGAGACUUAUAUUGAUGUGUUGAUUAAAUCUAGAUGGCGCUAGUACUACUACAAAUCAAUAGUUAUUUGUUUUACAAGGGGGCAAAGUUGUUGUUUAACCCCUCUUGCUAAUUUCCUUUUGUUACCGGGACUCGGGAGCGAUGAGUCGAGAUGUAAACCAUAAUGUGCACGGACAUCUUUUAUUGAUACCAACAACGGUACAG